AUGGACCUUUUAUUCUCAUCACCGGUUCACUACUCGCCUUCAACUCCUAUAUCCCAUCGCACAAAGUCUCAAUCCUUUGCCCGAAGCAAUCACAAACCACUCAAUUCUUCGCCAUUAGCUCAUGAUCAAAGCUCCCCGUUCUCUUCUCCAGUCGCCGAUGCACAAGCACGGAGACAGUCUCAGUAUAAAAGCCGAGUGUCUAGCGGGCCACAACGAUCACGGCCUAUCUUUGCCCCUAAUACGGGGUCGAGGACGAUUGGUUCACCUAAUACUACAGGGGCAGACUCGCAGAAAGCAAUGCUGAGGGACCGUUUCAAGCAGCGUUGUUUGAAACGAGCGGAGAGAGCUAGAGCAAAGGCCCAUGCUUCGAAGAGGAAGUCAAGUCCUAAUAGCGAUGUAUUCAACGUGGCCAUGGACGAUGAUAUGGAAGAAAGCGAUGGGGAUCUUAUGCAGGAUGAGUUAUACCAACGCAUCAUGAUUAACCAAUCGCAUAAACAGCGUCAUGCCUACCUACGCUCUUACUAUUCCGAAGUUGGUUCUUCCUUCGAUCCCGACAUGGAGGACGCUGCCGAAUGGGAACACGAGCUGCAUGGUAUGUUUUCUCUUCUCAUCCUUUUCACAAUUCUUGACGUUAUUUCUGUAGAGCCUGAACCCACCCAGUCUAGCUUUCAGCCUGUGAAUCAGGACAUGCAAGAAAUGGUUGAGAUGACUCCUGAAGAGUUAGAGCAAGCGGAAUUGGAAGCAUAUGCGGAGGAAUGCGAACGUCAGGCGGCGUUUGCUGAUUUCGAAGACAUCCCUUAUGAGGAGCUCUUCAAUGAUGAAGAUUUGCUGGAGUUGAUGACGGACAACAAGGACGGCCGAAAUCAAAGUGGAGACGUUGAUAUGGACACUCAGUGAGGUGGGACACAUGUUCCUCAAAGUUGCUCGGAAAGACCUGUACUUAUAACUACUGUAUGUAAUGUGACACCUGCUUGUGAACUCCCUAGAGCCGUCAGAAACGUAGAAAUAUUUGCUUCGAAGAAACACAUACAGUAAGACUUACAAUAAGUCAAUCAAGUCUAAUUCCGUCCAAACAAGU